AGUACUCCUAGCUAAGAGUUCAUCACUGUUUUGACAAACUAAACUUCUCUCUCUCUCCCCCUGGGAACCUCCUCCCUCCCUCUCCCUCUCUGGCUCUCCUUUACAUAUAUAUGCACUUGAUUCUGAGAAGGAUCAGUCAAAGUGUGUGUACCAGAAGCUCUAGCUGCAAGGAGAGAGGAAAUAUGAGAGGAUUUGAGAGGAGAGGCGUCCGGCAGUACAACAGGUCCGACGAGCCGAGGAUGCGGUGGACGGAGGAGCUGCACCGGCAGUUCAUCGAGGCCGUAGACUGCCUCGGCGGCGCUGAUGAGGCAACUCCGAAGCGGAUUCUUCAGCUGAUGGGCUUGAAGGGAGUCAGCAUAUCCCACAUCAAGAGCCAUCUUCAGAUGUAUAGAUCAAGCUCUAGCUCUAGCAACAACAACAGUCCACCCAAUGGGCCCCUGGAUCGUCGUGAAGAUCACUGCGCUGAUGGGAACAGCACGGCGGCACUGGUCCCAGACCAGAUCAACGCUUGUUACGCCGUGCCUCGCCACGGCGUCCACCACUCCUCGUCUCCGUACCAAAUACCACCGUCGAUCGAAGAAAUUCUCAGUACCUGGGAGGAGAGUAAAGGGCGUCUUCCAUGUAAAUCAAGUAACAACAUACUGAUUACAGCACAGAAGCUCGCAAACAAUCUUCCACCUCACUCCCCUCACCAUCCCGCUGGGGUUCUUUCAAAGGAUGAAGAAAAUGGAGCGAGGUUUCUUAGGGGCGGGCACAAGAGAAAUAUCCGGAGGAAAAUGCAAAAUCAAAUGGGAGAGUAUUCUUCGUCUUUGACCUACAAGGCGCAAUUUAUGGCCCCACGAAUUCUUUCAUGAAUAAGAUGGUGUGGAAGGAUUGGGCUCCAUCCAAGAUAAAAUUAUUUGCUUGCCUAACCACUCAAAAUAGUAUAUGGACAGCGGGCUGCCUUGAGAAGAGAGGAUGGACUAAUUGCGGCCUUUGUCCUCUUUGCAAGCAAACCUAAGAGACGAAGGUGCAAAUCUUCUCCUAUUGUCCCUACACCAAGCACCUAUGGAGCAUGGUGAAAGAUUUGAUAGGGUACCAUGCUAUUCGGAUCCAUGAUUGGUCCAUUGACCUCUCCACUACGUCAAAUAGGAAGUCAGUGACAUCGUUAACCAUGCUCAUUAGUUGGACAAUAUGGAAAAAAAACGCAAGGGUUUAUUCAAAACAAGUCCACUUCCCUGCCUAUUCUACUUGAGAUCAUUAAGAAAAAGUCUAGGCUUUGGGUCACUGCGGGUGCCAAAAAUUUGAGUAUUGUAAUGUCAGGAGAGAAAUCCCUUUUUUGUAACUUUUGUAAAGCAUUUUGUCAUGUCAUGACACUUUUUCUCAAAUAAUGGAAUGAGGUAAAUGUUUUGCCUCCAUUUCAAAAAACAGGUUAUCUAGCUAGAAGCUUCAUUUUUUGUAAUCUUAAUUAGUUCGUUAGGUGUCAGCCACGCACCAGACUCGGUCAAACUUUGUUUGCCAUAUACUAACUGUCGUGUAUUGACUAUCCAUGGGAUAUAUGCUCUUGUAAACCAAGAUUCUUAAUUAGUAGGAUAAGUGUAUUAGCAGUGAAACUUAUUAAUUAACCGUGUUGAGUGCUGACAUGACUUACUAUGUACAU